AUGGCCACCCCAGCGCGCACGCAGCCGCCAUGGAAGGAGCCCACGUCGACAGAACCAGCAAAGCUCAAGGUGUGGAACUCUCUGACAAGGUCGAAAAACGACUUUGUCCCCAUUGAUCCCGAGGGUAAGCUCGUGAAAUGGUACAGCUGCGGCCCCACAGUGUACGACGAUGCCCAUCUUGGACACGCGCGGAACUAUGUCACCAUUGAUGUCCUGCGGAGAAUCCUGGCUGGCUACUUUGGCUACAACCUGCAGUUUGUCCAGAACAUCACCGAUGUCGACGACAAGAUCAUCCUGAGAGGACGCCAGCAACAUGUCCUCGCACAGUACAAGGCCGAGAACCCGACAAUAUCAGACCAGGUCGCUGCUACAACCGUGGCCGCGUUCGAUGCCUACGUGAAGAAGAACCUCCCGCUUCUGAGCGCCGAGCUUGCACCGGAGGACUUCAACAAGGAGUCGGCUGAAAAGUACGCCCACGUCAUCGCUGGAAAGUCGGAGGACGGAUCCGGCGCGCCAGGCGACAAGGAGGCCAAGAUCAAGAUGCACCUGAAGACAGUAGGCACGGCGGCAACAGCACUGCUCGCCCCUUCGAAAACGACUCCAGAAGACGUUGAGCUGUUCUACGGCGGCGCCGAAGAGGUGCUGCUGCCCUACCUCGACUCAGUCCACGGCUCCAAGAUCGACGCUAGUGACCACACUGUUUUCACCAAGCUCACGCAAAAGUACGAGGCGCGUUUCAUGCAAGACAUGAGGAACCUGAACGUCCUCGAUCCUGAUGUCGUAACUCGAGUCACCGAGUAUGGCGAUCAGAUUGUCACCUUUGUCGACAAGAUUGUCGACAAUGGCUUCGCCUACAAGACCUCGGACGGCUCCGUCUACUUUGACAUUGACAGCUUUGAGAAGAUCCCUGGCAACCACUACGCCCGCCUGGAGCCUUGGAACCGGGGAGACAAGGGAUUGCAGGCCGACGGUGAGGGGGCUCUGUCGCAGCAGAAGACAUCGGAGAAGCGCAGCGAGGCCGACUUUGCCUUGUGGAAAUCCAGCAAGCCCGGAGAGCCAGCGUGGAAGUCGCCGUGGGGUCCCGGGCGACCGGGUUGGCACAUCGAGUGCUCUGUCAUGGCCAGCGAUGUGCUGGGCAACCAGAUGGAUAUCCACUCGGGUGGUAUCGACCUGUGCUUCCCUCACCACGACAACGAACUCGCACAGUCAGAGGCACACUGGUCCGGCGACAAGGGUGGUCACCAGUGGGUCAACUACUUCCUGCACAUGGGCCACUUGUCGAUAUCUGGCAGCAAGAUGUCGAAGAGUCUGAAGAACUUCACAACCAUCCGGGAAGCAUUGGCGCGAGGAGACUGGACCGCCCGCAGUCUGCGCAUCAUCUUCCUGAUGGGAGGGUGGCAUGACGGCAUUGAGAUCACACCCGCCAUGCGCAAGGGCGGCUCUGGGUGGGAGAGCAGCAUCAGCAACUUCUUCUACAAGGUUCGCGACCGCGAGGUGAACCCCAUGAUGGACUCGACCGGCAACGAGGACGAGAGCAUCCUGGAGGCCUUUGAGCAGGCGAAGCAGAAGAUUCACAAUGCGCUUGCGGACUCGUUCGACACACCCGCUGCGACUCGCGCCAUCUCGACGCUAGUCACAGCUUGCAACUCUGCCAAGCCCGUCGACCUGUCUGACAGCGUUGCAUUCGACGUUGCUCGCUACAUCACACGCAUCGUUCGCAUCUUUGGUCUCGAUGGCAACGCCGAUCCGUAUGACGGCGGCAUCGGCUGGGCGGGCAUCGACAUCCCCUCAGAGGCAAAGGAGUUUGUGUACGCUGCCGCUCGCGAUCGCGACGAAGUCCGAAAGCACGCCGUCGCUGGCGACUUGUCAGGCGAGGUCCUCGAGUCCAUCAUCGCGCAGCACAGGCCCACGCAACAACAAGACGCCAAGGCCAUCCCCUACGCCAAAGUCCUUUCCACGUUCCAGGAGAGCCUGCGCAAUCUUUCCGAGAAGAAGGCUCCCGCCAAGGACUUCCUUGCGCUUUGCGAUGCACUCCGCGACACACAUCUCUGGGACCUCGGCAUCUACCUCGAGGACCGCGAGAACCUGCCCUCGAUGGUUCGCCCCGUCGACGCGGAGCUGCGCUUCGCACGCGAAGAGAAAGAGACCAUCGCCCGCCAAAAGGCCGAGGCUAAGCUCCAGCGCCAGCGCGAGGAGGCAGAGAAGCAGGCCAAGCUGGCUGCGCAAGCCAGGAUCAACCCUAGCGACAUGUUCAGGACCGCCGAGUACAGCGCAUGGGAUGCUGACGGGUUGCCGCUCAAGGACAGGGAGGGCAAGGAGCUCUCCAAGGGCGCGAGCAAAAAGGUCAAGAAGGAGUGGGAGAAGCAGAAGAAGCUCUACGACGAGCACCUGAAGAGCGCUGGUGCGUUGUAG